ACACACACACACCAGUUGUGUGUGUGUGUGUGUGGGUUGGCCUUGUGGGAAGCUCUGGGCCACAGCAGCUGCACGUUAGUGAGCUUCCCGUGGUCUGAGAAUGAAGAGGACGUGAUUGUUCUGGGACCAUCACUGGGUUUUUACUGGUCUCAUGGAUUUCAUCAUCAGCUGAUUUCAUUCUAACCUUAUCACUGUUAGUCGGUCGGUAAACAGGCUGCAGCAAAAUGUCUCUGACUGUAGCAGCUCUCACCAGAGGAGCGAUGACGGAGUUUGAGCAGAAGCUGCGUCAGCAGCACGAGGAGUCGAUGCACGCCGAGCUGGAGGCGCUGCUCGCCACCGCCGGGAGAGCUGAAGCAGAGGUCUCCAGGAAAGAUUUCAGUGGCUUCAAGAACCUCUUCCACAGAUUUCUGCAGGUCAAAGGUCCCUCGGUGGAGUGGGCCAAGAUCAACCGCCCCCCCGAGGACUCGAUCCAACCCUACGAGAAGAUCAAGGCCAAGGGACUCCCAAACAACAUCACUGAGACACUCAACAAGUUGGUAGUGGUCAAGCUGAAUGGAGGUCUGGGAACCAGUAUGGGCUGUAAGGGCCCCAAAAGUCUGAUCAGUGUCCGCAACGAGAACACCUUCCUGGAUUUGACCGUGCAGCAAAUAGAGCAUCUGAACAAAACAUAUAACGCUGAUGUGCCGCUAGUCCUCAUGAACUCCUUCAACACCGACGAAGACACAAAGAAGAUCCUGCAGAAGUACUCACACCACCGUGUGAAGAUCCACACCUUCAACCAGAGCAGGUACCCAAGGAUCAACAAGGAGUCGCUGCUGCCCAUCGCCACCAACAUGGGGAUGACUGGUGAGAAUGCCGAGGCCUGGUACCCACCAGGUCAUGGAGAUAUCUACGCCAGCUUCCACAACUCUGGACUGCUGGACAAUCUCCUUGCUGAGGGACGAGAAUACAUGUUUGUGUCCAACAUUGACAACCUGGGAGCCACCGUGGACCUCUUCAUCCUCCACCACCUGAUAUGCCAGCCGGCCGACAAACGCUGUGAGUUCAUCAUGGAGGUCACAGACAAGACCAGGGCAGAUGUGAAGGGUGGUACUCUGAUCCAGUACGAGGACCAUCUGAGGCUGCUGGAGAUCGCUCAGGUUCCGAAGGCUCACGUGGACGAGUUCAAGUCCGUCACCAAGUUCAAGAUCUUCAACACCAACAACCUGUGGAUUUCUCUGUCUGCAAUCAAGAGGCUGCAGGAGAGGAACAGCAUGGACCUGGAGAUCAUCGUCAACCCAAAGACCCUGGACGGCGGUCUGAAUGUCAUUCAGUUGGAGACGGCGGUGGGUGCUGCCAUCAAGAGCUUCAAUAACGCCAUGGGGGUGAAUGUGCCCCGCAGCCGCUUCCUGCCGGUGAAGACGUCGUCUGACCUGCUGCUGGUCAUGUCCAACCUGUACAGCCUGGACGCUGGCUCGCUCACGAUGAGCAAAAAGAGGGAGUUCCUCACGACGCCGCACGUUAAACUGGGCAGCUCCUUCACCAAGGUUCAGGACUUUCUGACCCGGUUUGAAAACAUCCCAGACAUGCUGGAGCUGGACCACCUCACCGUGUCCGGAGACGUUACCUUUGGAAAGAACGUCUCUCUGAAGGGAACUGUGAUCAUCAUCGCCAAUCACGGCGACAGGAUCGAUAUUCCAGCUGGAGCGAUGCUGGAGAACAAGAUCGUCUCAGGAAACCUGAGGAUCCUGGAUCACUGAAGCCUUCUGGAGGAGAAACGCACAUGAAGCAAUCUACGCGAACACAAUGCAUCAUGGGUCUGCUGAGCUCCUGUGGGCUUUGAAAAAACCUGAACUAUAAAAUAAAAAAAGCAUUUUCUUUAGAGAA